CUCAUCAGUGGCAUCUUUUCCUCUCGGUUUGUUUCUGUUUCAGUUUCGGGCGUUCAUCGUUUUCGGUCGGUGGUUUAAAUGGAUAUUUUAGUGUACAUAAUCUGCCCGGACAUGAAAUAAUUUGGAAAAAAUUACAUUUUUGUUCGACACUUUUGUGUUUCGUCUGCAGGAAAUAAGGAUUUCUUACUUUUCUCUGGUACAAAUAAACGGAAACAAACAGUUGUGGCAGGUAUGGCGGCUAUCGUCGAGGGCGAAUCACCCGCAAACCCUCCAAAAGAAAACAGCACCAGCAAUGAAGGUUCAGCUAUGGAUGGACCUUCCUUUACUGACCAAUUUAAACUUUUUGCCAAGUUCGGUGACAGCAAGAGUACGGGCGAAGCUAUUACCUUGUCAAACAGCGACAAAUGGAUGAAACAGGCCAAAGUCAUUGACAAGAAACUCACUACGACAGAUACAGGCAUCUACUACAAAAUGGUGGCUAAGGCAAAAAAGUCGCUGCCAAUUAAAGAAUAUGAACAGUUUUUGGAGACGUUAGCGAAGAAUAAAAAGGCAGAUGUUUCUGAAAUGAAGCAAAAGAUGGCUUCGUGUGGUCCACCAGCGACAUCGAAAACGACAUCAACGGCGGCAGCUGGCGCUGUCAGUCGUCUUACCGAUCACACGAAAUACACUGGAACGCACAAGCUCCGAUUCGAUGAUUCCGGUAAAGGUCGCGGAAAAGAAGGACGAGUGGACAAGCCCAACACCACUGGUUACGUACAAGGGUACAAGGAGCAAGGCACCUAUGAAACAACACAUUGAAAACUUCACCAUUCAUGUAUAUAAGAUUUCGAAUUGUGUGACUUUCGCUUGGGACCUUAAUCUUGCUGUUGGUUAAAUCAUAGAAUUUUAAAAUUGAUGAAAACUCAGAAAAGCAAAGUUUUGAUUUCAAUAAUGAUUUGAACUCUCGUAAAAUUAUAUAAAAUUUAUUUUGGCAAAUUUAUUCAAAUAUAAUAAGUAGGAAAGCAAUAAAAUAAUCUUGAUGCAAACCUAGAUCAAAAAAGGAAGUAAAGAAAUACCUUUGCGAAAAAAGUAAAAGAAAAUAUGAAAACAUGAAAUCGCACUCGUUUGCAGAGAACUGCAUACAUGUGUUUCGGGCUUACAAGAUACUGCUUUCUCAGUGCAAAAGUCCUAUGUCUCUUUCAUCCAUCGAUUACUUCUUUUGCAUUGAAAAGGGGGUUCCUUGUAA